GCGGGGGCGGGGCCAGGGGCCUCCGGCGACUCUGAGUCCGGCUGCUCUUCCCGGCCUUCGGCUCCUGCUCCGCCAUGGCUCCCAAAGGCGGCUCCAAGCAGCAGUCGGAGGAGGACCUGCUCCUGCAGGAUUUUAGCCGCAAUCUGUCGGCCAAGUCCUCCGCGCUUUUCUUCGGGAACGCAUUUAUCGUGUCUGCCAUCCCCAUCUGGUUAUAUUGGAGAAUAUGGCACAUGGAUCUUAUUCAGUCUGCUGUUCUGUAUAGUGUGAUGACCCUAGUAAGCACUUACUUGGUAGCCUUUGCAUACAAGAAUGUAAAAUUUGUUCUCAAGCACAAGGUUGCACAGAAGAGGGAGGAUGCUGUUUCCAAAGAAGUGACUCGAAAACUUUCUGAAGCUGAUAAUAGAAAGAUGUCUCGGAAGGAGAAAGAUGAAAGAAUCUUGUGGAAGAAGAAUGAAGUUGCUGAUUAUGAAGCUACAACAUUUUCCAUCUUUUAUAACAACACUUUGUUCCUGGUCUUGGUCAUUGUUGCUUCCUUCUUUAUACUGAAGAACUUCAAUCCCACAGUGAACUACAUUUUAUCCAUAAGUGCUUCAUCAGGACUCAUCGCCCUCCUGUCAACUGGCUCCAAGUAGACAUGUCGGCUUAGCACCCUGCUGUGUAUUAUGGGUGGUCAGGGUGAGAGACACACAAGAUGUUUUUAUGUCUGGAGUUUGAAGGUUUAAAAAAAUGUAACAGAAUGUAAUUCAUUAUUUGUUUAUUGGCUCUUUUUGACAGAUUGGUGAAAUUAAAUGAAUUGAAAGGGAAAUUCAUAGAGUACCAGAACAUUUAUUAAAAGGCAAGAAGACUUGUUUGUAAUGUGCUGAAAUAACAAGUGGAGAAAAUAACUUAUUUCCUUGAUCUGUCAGAGGUCACAGUAACCUGUGGGCUGAGCUGUUAUUAUUUAUAAUAGUAGCAAGAAGUUAAUAACUGGUUCUCUAUGUUCCAAGCACAAUAUUACAACUUUUUUUGAACUGUAAAUAUCAGAAUGAAUCCUCUUCCCAGGGGAUUGAACAGAAGCCUCAUGUUUACAAGGCUCUGAAUUUGUUAGUUAAGACCCCCCCCCCCCACUUUGUUUUUUUAAAGAAGAAAGGCCACCAAGGUAGUAAGUAACCUAAAAAUAGUGCACAGGGCUAUGAGAGUUGGCCUGCAGGGUUAAAGCACACACUCUUCAGCUGUAUGACUGGCCCUGGGUGGCCACAGAGGUCAGCUUGACCCUGCCAUGUUGGUUUUAUACGUUGUCAUUGGAAUCAUUGUUUUCCAUGAGCAUGGUUUCACACCACUGGAAGAAUGUUAUGAGAGAAAACCUCUUUCCUGAAUAUUGACAUGUAAAAGACCAAAGUAAUUUUUGUGAACUUAAUUCUGGAAUUCUAAGAAUUCAUCAAGGAAUUUGCAGUGGUGUGUUUGUCACCAUUUUUCCACUAGGACUUAAGUUUGACUCUUUAGUCCACAAGUUAGACAAAAUAUUGAUCUCUUCAGCCCUAGAGAGUCCAGCUGAGAGCAGUCUUGCAUUUUUAACUAGUGUGUGUACAGAUACUAUCAUUUAUUGCCUGUACCAUGAAUUGAAAUUUCCUACAAGUUGUACCUCAAAAGGAAAUGUAUUGCUGAUCUUUAGUUUUUCACUUGUAAAUUUAAGGUGAACUUUAUAAAUGAUAUUUAUUUAUAACUUUUUAAACAGGUAUUCAUUCAGCAUUUACUUAUGUGCUACCGGAUGUGUUGGUGGGCUGCCUCCAAGAGCUUUUUAAGAAAAGCCGGGGCUGGAAUGCAUUUGCAUUGUGACCCAGAUUGUCAUUGUCUACAGUUGUGGUUUACUUUUCAUCAGUUCUUCUAGAAGUUGGCAAUUCUUUACUUUUCUUUGCUGCAUUAUUACCUGAGUGCUAUCGUUAGCUAAUGUGGACUGAAUAGGAGGUAAGAGAUUGACUGCAAAGUACAGUUGGGUAACACAUAAGAGGUUCAUUUUUGUUAUAUCUUUAGUUUGGCUGGUGGCAUGGAAUUUGUGUACCAGUACAUUUGUUUACCUGAUGAAAUGAUUCUUUGACAAAUCUUCAAGUGUAACCCAUGCUGGACCAAAUAUAUUUUAAAUAGCUGAUCAAAAUUUUCCACUAGGGCCGGGGAUUUAGCUCAGUGGUUUUGCCACCUGCAACGGAAGCACAAGGACCUGAGUUCGAUCCCCAGUACCAAAAAAAAAAAAAUUGCCACUAGAGGGCAAUGCUUGUGUAGGUGGGAAAAAAAUCACCACCAGUCUUAGUAUAAAACUGUGGGUGAGGUGGGAUGGUGAAAUAGCCCAAUAUUCUCUGUAGAAUUUCUCUUGAAUUAAUAAACCAAACGUUUGUGGAAAAGUGAGUAAGCAAAAUUUGUUUUCUGUCCUGAAUAUUUUGUAUGGCACUUUAAAAAAAAUCCUAAUAAUAGUCUCUUUCUAUACUGCUAGAUACAUUUCUGUGCAUAUGAGUGUAUAUUCAAAGUUGAACAGUUUAUAUUAAGAAUUAUUGUGCUAGUACUUUGCUCUUGGAAAUGCAGAAACUUUUCCUCAGUAUUCUCUAUCAUAAAGAGCCAUUUGGUAUGAAGAGAUAUGAUGUGCUGAAUUGGACUUUGAUAGUGAAAGCCUCCAGCAGAAUUUCCAUCUUAAAAAGACCCCAUACCCAACACCAGUAGAAUGAAAGGUAUUCUGCUGUAAUUGGGAUUCAAAGGGAUUGCAUUCCUAUUUUCUCAGUCAUGAUGCACAGAAAUUUAGUGUUAAAACAUUCAUUUGCGUAUUUUCAUUUUCUGAUUUACAAUUUAAUAAAAAUCUUGGAUUGAAAUGUACAGGUUGUCCUAUUUGGUACAUUAUUGUGAUUUGGAAAGGAUAAUUUGAAACAAGAUUUGAAGUUAACUGAAAUAGGGAGGUUGAAUGCAUACACAAAAUUUUUAAGAAAAGUCCUAAAAUGUGAUUAAACUUUGCUUUUUAAAA